AUGUCCUCAGUUGUAGCCCCGGAAAAACCCACCUCUAACACCAUGGGCCCCAAAGAGGUGGAGCUGAUCCUGGUGAAGGAGCAGAAUGGGGUUCAGUUCACCUCAACCACCUUAGUGGCUCCAAAUCCUUCUCAGACCAACCGCAGUGGGGAGGAGGAGAGGGAGACCUGGGGGAAGAAAAUCGACUUCCUCCUGUCUGUGAUCGGAUUCGCCGUAGACCUCGCCAAUGUCUGGAGAUUCCCCUACCUCUGCUAUAAGAAUGGAGGAGGUGCAUUCCUGGUGCCAUACCUGUUCUUCAUGGUGAUAGCAGGCAUGCCUCUCUUCUACAUGGAGCUGGCUCUGGGACAGUACAACAGAGAGGGGGCAGCAGGGGUCUGGAAGAUCUGUCCCCUAUUUAAAGGUGUAGGCUUUACAGUAAUCCUCAUUUCCCUCUACGUUGGUUUCUACUAUAAUGUCAUCAUCUCCUGGGCGCUGUUCUACCUCUUCUCCUCGUUCACCAGCGAGCUACCUUGGGUCCACUGCAACAACACCUGGAACAGUCCUAACUGCUCCGACUGGGCUGACAACAGCUCAGUCAAUGAUAUUUACAAGUCCACCCCUGCUCAGGAGUACUUUGAACGAGGAGUGCUACACAUCCAGGACAGUAGUGGUAUUAAUGAUCUGGGCCGUCCACGCUGGCAGUUGACUUCCUGUCUAGGUGUAGUGAUUGUUCUGCUCUACUUCAGCCUCUGGAAGGGAGUCAAGACCUCUGGCAAGGUUGUGUGGAUCACAGCCACAAUGCCCUACGUGGUCUUGACUGUGCUGCUGCUCCGCGGAGUCACUCUGCCCGGAGCCAUUGAUGGCAUUAAGGCCUACCUCUCUGUGGACUUUCUGAGACUCUGUGACGCCAAGGUCUGGAUUGAGGCUGCGACACAGAUCUGCUUCUCUCUGGGAGUGGGGUUUGGUGUGCUAAUUGCCUUUUCCAGCUACAACAAAUUUAGCAACAACUGUUACAGAGACGCCAUCAUCACCAGCUCCAUCAACUCUUUAACCAGUUUCUUCUCCGGCUUUGUGGUCUUCUCCUUCCUUGGGUACAUGUCCCACAAGCACAACGUUGCCCUGGAUAAAGUUGCCAGAGAUGGUGCUGGUUUGGUGUUUGUCAUUUACCCAGAAGCCAUUGCAACAUUACCUGGGUCAUCAGUGUGGGCGGUUAUCUUCUUCAUCAUGCUGUUAACACUGGGCAUUGACAGUGCUAUGGGCGGGAUGGAAUCAGUGAUCACUGGGCUGAUUGAUGAGUUUAAAUUCCUCCACAAGCACAGAGAGCUGUUCACCCUCUUCAUCGUCGUUUCCACCUUUCUCAUAUCCCUUUUCUGUGUUACAAAUGGUGGGAUGUAUGUGUUCACUCUGCUAGACCACUUUGCAGCAGGAACAUCGAUUCUAUUUGGAGUGCUUAUUGAAGCCAUCGGCAUAGCAUGGUUUUAUGGAGUGGACCGAUUCAGCGAUGACAUUGAGGAGAUGAUUGGGCAGCGACCAGGCAUGUACUGGAGGCUGUGCUGGAAGUUUGUCAGCCCCUGCUUCCUCCUGUUUAUGGUGGUGGUGAGCUUUGCCACGUUCAACCCCCCAAACUACGGCUCCUACAUGUUUCCUCCAUGGGCUAACAUGGUGGGGUGGUGUCUGGCCAUUUCCUCAAUGAGCAUGGUGCCUCUUUAUGCCAUCUACAAACUCUGCUCACUGCGUGGAAAGUUUUGCGAUCGACUGGCUUAUGCCAUCACCCCAGAGACAGAGCAUCAUUUAGUGGACAAUGGGGAGGUUCGGCAGUUCACACUGCAUCACUGGUUGGUGGUCUGAAAAAUACAAAGAGAGUGAGAGAGAUUGAAAGAGUGAGAUAAAGAGAAUGGGCAUUGGGUGGAUGAAUGCAUGCGCAGCAAUGGUCUGAAGAGCUAAGAAGAAGAAAUAACCAUUUAUAUCGAUCACGACGACGGUGGUGGUGGUGGUGGUGGGAACAGUUUAAAAGUGCCGACAAAAAACCCAUAGA